UGUUGCCGCCUCUGAGACACGCUCACGCAUCACAGAGUAACAGCGUCAGGGCGAGUACACAGCAUCCUAUCCUUUUUCUCCGGAAAACGAGGCUGCUUUGUGAAUUAUUGAACACAUACAAAACCUCGUACAUUAUCCAGGGUAAUCACAGCUGAGAUAUAGCGGGGAUAUAGCGAUAAGAGGAGCGCGAGUUUGUGGUGGAAAAGAGAAAUCGGGGAAAAAAAGCUAGAGGACCGUUUCAGCACCUUGGACAGCGACCAUGGCUCCAGUGGUGGAGGAAGGGGCUCAGAUCGUGGCAGUACCAGUGGGUGUUGCUGUGGUGAGUGUGUUCGGCCUUGUCUUCACUGUGUCAGCCUUUGCGUGGAUUUGUUGCCAGCGCAAAAACACCAAAUCCCAGAAGACGCCUCCCUACAAGUUUGUGCACAUGCUCAAAGGGGUCGACAUCUACCCAGAGAGUCUCAGUGGCAAGAAGAAAUUUGCUGCUCCUGCUGCCACGACAACUAAUGACAGCAGUAAAACUGAUGUUAAUGGAAACUGCCACAUUGCGUCACCACUGACUCCAAAUGGCACCGGCAAACUGGCAUCCAGUCCAAAUGGUUCCAGACCAGCUCUGCAUCUGGACCUGGAGAAACGGGAUCUCAAUGGCAACAUCACCACCAAACCCUUUCAUCACCACCACCAGAAAGUGCGCAGCUCCCCAGAGCUGGAGCUGCCCUCACCCCAUGCAGGGUUUACCCAACGUGUGAUGGACCGUCGUGACCUCCCCUCACCUUCCAGCACCCUUUCCAGCCAGGCCCCCACCCCUGCUGUGGACAAGCCUCAAGGAGAGGAGAGGGAUGGCGGUCUCGGGACCCUGCACUUCUCCCUGGAGUACCAGCCGGAGAGGAAGGCUUUCAUUGUCCAUAUUAAGGAAGCCCAUGGCCUGAGUCCCACUGAUGAGCAGUCACUGACCUCUGACCCCUACAUUAAGCUGACCUUGUUGCCAGAGAAAAAGCAUCGGGUGAAGACUAGAGUCCUGAGGAAGACCCUGGACCCUGCCUUUGAUGAAACCUUCAGCUUCUAUGGGAUUCCACUGGCCAGAGUGUCAGAGCUGGCCCUUCACUUCAUGGUGCUGAGCUUUGAUAGAUUCCGGGAUGAGGUCAUCGGAGAGACCCUUGUUCCCUUGUCCGGGAUCGAUUUGACAGAGGGGCGUGUCCUGAUGAGCCGAGAGAUCAUCAAGAGGAAUGUCAAGAAGUCCUCAGGCCGAGGCGAGUUACUGCUGUCCCUGUGUUACCAGUCCACCACCAAUACUCUGACUGUGGUUGUCCUCAAAGCUCGCCACCUGCCUAAGACUGACAACAACGGACCUACAGAUCCUUACGUUAAGGUCAACUUGUACCAUGGAAAGAAGCGUGUAUGUAAGAAGAAGACCCAUGUGAAGAAGUUCCCCAACCCAGUCUUCAACGAGCUCUUUGUCUUUGACCUGCCCUCCGACGAGGGCCUGAGGGACACCAGCGUGGAGCUGCUGCUGAUGGACUCAGACACAGGCAACUCACGCAGCUCCAACACUGUCCUCGGACGCCUGGUGCUGGGCACAUCAUCGGCAGGCACCCCAGGAGAACACUGGAGGGAGAUCUGCGACCACCCACGUCGGCAGAUCGCCAAGUGGCACGCCAUGUCGGAGGAUUAGAAGGUGGAAUCUGUCCAUCUCUAGUCCGAUCCAAUCACAAAAGAAAUAGAACGAGUGGGAUUUAACAUCCUAUCUGGGAACCGUUGGACUUUGAGUGAGGGUGGGGAAAGGUGGGGAGGGGGCUGGGACUUAAAUGUUUUGGGAGAGUCAUUUGAAGUGAUGCCAUCAUUCAGUCAAUCAUUCAAUCACUUAUAUUUGAAGUUAUUGGGGUUCAGUGGAGAGGGUGGGGCAUGACACAUGGAACCCCGUAGCUUUAAAUGAUUCCAAAGACUGCCACUUAAAAUCACCUGGAAACAUGCAACAUCAUCUCCAUGGCAACAACUAAUUGUCACGGUAACCGUGUGCAGUGCAGAAUGUCUUAAAUGUUGCUAUUACUCUUCUUUUCCUCCUCUUUC